UGCACAGCGAUCCAGCUCUCUUCACGCCCCCAACGCAACGCCAGUAGGUCAACAGAAGAUGUUGCCGUCUUACUUUAUGACGACUGCGGCCGCGUUGUGCGCGCUGCUCCCCGAGGUUACGGGCUUCCUGGCACCGAGUGCGUUAAUGGGAUCCAGCACAGCAGCAACAGCAGCAGCACGGGCUGCUGCUGUCGCCUCAAGCAGCCGAGUUCCCGCGCUGAGGAUGGCGGAGGAGGCCGCUGCCGGGGAAGGCGAGGAAGCACCGGCGCCGACUGCGGCCGACAUCAGCAAGGGCAUCGCCCACCCGGAGGCCAUCUUCACGGUGCCCGACAACAUCCUCAAGGUGCUGCCACACCGGUACCCAUUCGCCCUGGUCGACAAGGUCUUGCACUUCGUCCCCGGCAAAAGCAUCAUCGGCAUCAAGUGCAUCACCAACAACGAGCCCCAGUUCACCGGCCACUUCCCGGACCUGCCCAUCAUGCCGGGGGUCCUGCAGGUUGAGGCCAUGGCGCAGCUCGGGGGGUUGAUUUGCCUCCAGGAGCCGUGCAGCGAUGGUCAAGGAACGUUCUUUUUCGCGGGUGUGGAUGGGGUGAAAUGGCGCAAGCCUGUGGUACCGGGAGAUGUCCUGGUCAUGGAGAUGGAGCUGGUCAAGUGGAAGCCUAGGUUUGGUCUGGCGAAGAUGACCGGGAAGGCCUACGUCGACGGAGUGCUCGCACUAGACGUAAAAGAGUUUACCUUCGCCUUGGCAAAGUCGUAGAUAUAGAGUAUGUGCUCAUAGAGUAGUUAUUUGUUUUUGGGGGGGGUGUCAGAAGGGGGCGCGCUGUUGUAGCGCCCCUGCCUUCCUGGUUUAUUGACAUGUGGGUGAAGAAGAGAUUUCCGUAAGGUGUGCUUGUUGAGUCAUGCUUCGAAGCGCUUCUUGCCGUCCAAGGUCGUCUGGCAGAUUUUUAAGGUGCACAUGCGCAUGAUAUAGGAAGGCCUGAUCGAGGAAGGGCAAUAUAUUGUCACACAGCAGUGGCUUCUUGUACGGUCGAUCUGGUGGUCGGCUAUGUUUGUCGUGUGCUCUUUGCUUUCGCCGCCUUGGAUGGAUGUGGGUCAUUCCCUGGCUGUUGUGCUGGGUGAAUGGGUUUGAGUCCUCAACCCCGCAGCAAAAGAAACUCUUGCAGUGGGGGCAGGGAUACGAUGUUGUUGUUGCUCUCACCACUAGAGACAGGGUAAAAAUAUUUACCAAACCGGUGAAGAAGCCCUAAACAAACAUGUACACCAGCCAGCGCAAAAUUCUGUAGGGAAACUGUGACACCAACGUCUACACCCUCAUACCGCU